GUCCUGUGACCUUACUCCUAUUGCUGAGCGUGGGGGCCCCGCCCCCAGCCCCCACCGGAGGAGCCAAUGGAGACCCAGGAGGCAGAGCCGCCAUUGGAGCGUGAGGGCGCCGCCUCCCCCGCCCCCGCCACCACGGCCGAGGAGGCGCUGCCCAAUGAGAGCGAGGGAUGGGCGGCCGCCCUGCCCCCGGAGUGGGUCCCCAUCAUCCGCGAGGACGUCCAGAGCCAGCGCAAGGGGAAGCCGCAGCCCCCCCUGAGCGACGCCUACCUGACCGGCAUGCCCGCCAAGCGCCGCAAGACCAUGCAGGCCGAGGGCCCCCCCCUGCUGCUGGCCGAGGCCGUGGGGCGCGCUGCCCGAGCCGCCGGCGCCCGGCCCCUGGGGUCCCCCGAGAGCCUCAGCCGGGAGCUGAGCGAGGGGCCCCUGCAGGAGGGCUACAGGCAGCAGGUGGGGCCGGGGGGGGGCACGGGGGGGGGGGUCCCAGAGGG